AUGGCCAGAGAUUUCCCAAGGCGAGUCGUCCCGAUUUCUGUGGAGCAAGCGACUGAAACGGCACUAGACUGGGGCGCUCUCUCGCUUGGCUCUUUGGAUAUCAGUCUCAAAGCGAUAUGCUCGUCUCCUACUGAUGUUUCCCCGAGUGCAACAUGCGUUUUGGCUGUUCUGACCUCCAAUAUGGACCUGUCGAUAUGGGCGCCCAGUAAGAACAUAUUGAAGGGCGAAUGGAAUAUGAUCCACCAUUAUACAGCUGGGCGACAAAUUGCUGGACAUGAAGUCCAAGAGUACCAGAUCAUGAGUAUUACAUGGACAGGGCAAGCUGCCUUUGGCCUUUCCCCAUCGCCACUGGUCGACGCAUCGUUGCUGAUAGCUGGCACUCGCGCGGGGACAGUGUUGCUAUUCCGGUUCGACGGAAAAUCCGUUGAACGCAUCAAUACCGUAAAGGUCAGCGAUUAUUGGGUAUCACAAAUUGCUGUCUCUCCGUGGGUUGCCUCUGGGGAGAGUACAUGUGAAGCACGCCUGGCUAUCAACGACUCUAGCGGCCAAGUUAUCGCCCUGGCCAUCAAGCAAACGUUGAAUAUACUGGGCUCACCAUCAUCACUAUCUCGACAAUACGCACUAGACGUCGAGGUCGCAUCCGAGAAAGUGAUUGUCACCGACGCACUCGUAGUUUUUGGAGAAUUGUCUUGGAUAUCUCCCCCAAGCAGACAGCCAAUCCUUGUCUUUGGGUCCCCAGGGGUACUCCAUCUAUGGUCGCCUCUCAAUAGAAGCGAUUCGUCCGACUGGGUAGGAUUGCGUUCCUUGAAAUUGACAACCCAGCGCAUGUCUGUUGGGUCUUCCGCCCUCUAUCCGCCCUCAGGCAUCCAAUACCUAGGUCGAUGGGACAUCCUCCUCAUUUCCCUGUUCGAUGGGUCAGCCCAUAUCGUUCACAAUAUAACGGGGGGUCCCUCCUGGGACCCACCUGCCGAAGAUUGCACCAGCCUCGCCACCGGACACACCAGCAAGUUGGUGCGCUCAAUCUUUGAAGCCUAUGAACCCAACUCCACGUUUGAAGACGUUGGUCGAAUUUGCGGAAUGUGCUGCUACGACUCUUCCGCUGCCGUUUGGGUACACGAGUCAUGUCGGCCAGCAGACUUCAGCUACAAGCACGAGGCGAAGCACACAAGCAUGCUCGUAGUUGCGCAGUUGUUCCCGGAAUCUGACGAUGACGCCUUCCUUGCCGGGCUGGAUGACUUGUUGAAGAAUUGCAAAGUUUCCGAUGGGGCAUCACCGCACGACUUGCUUCGCGCUGUAUUCCGCCGGUUGAACGGACCAGGUACUCUCGACAAACUCCACUCGAAUAUCCUGAACAUAAUUCGGCCGUCCGGCGACCCUCCUCUCACAUUCGCCCCCGAUCCGUACGACGGAGUGCUUUGCGAGGACUUUCGCAUCUGCUUUAGGCGGUGUUUGAGAGAGCAGCUAUUUGGUUCGGAUCGUGUACUUUCCUAUCGCCUCCGGCUAGCCAUAGCAGAUUACGCUUGGAAAAUCUACCAGGACCCCGAGAAGCAGGAAGCCUGUGGCCGCAUUGCACAAACACUUUUAGACAACAUAUCUCACCACAUUUUGAGGGCCGUGGUCCAGCAUCUAACGGCAGUUGCUCCGAUCCUCCAAGCCGACGACAUACCGUUCAUCCGUCGCCUUGUCGUACAGUCCAACCUCCCUCGCUGUCCCCCAGACUUAUUGCUCAGUGUCCGACAUCUUGCUGAGAAGCUCAACGGCCUCGGGAUGCCCAUCUCCUCAGAAGCCCUAACUCCGACAUCGCUCAACGAAAGUUGCCCCGCGUGUGGGUCGAACAUCCCUUUCCAGGACAUCAUUACUGCGCAAUGCGAAAACGGACACAGCUGGAGCAGAUGCUCCGUCACGUCCUUCAUCUUGUCGACAACAUCAGUAAGAACGUGUGUUGGGUGCACGCGUAAGGCGUUGCUGCCGCCUUCGGCUGCCUUGGGCCAUUCAUCGAUGGGUUGGAUCGUGGAAGAGAUGUUGGAGGCGGGCCAAAAGUCUGUCCUAUUGCGGCGUAUGCAUGCCAUGAUGGCACAGUACGUUUUCGUGGAGCAGGGGAAGCAUCCAAGUAAGACCUUACUUUUCCACAACGUGUCCAAUCAAUUCCUCUAG